CUCCUUCCCUCUCCCCAAUCCCGACUUUCCACUCCCUUCCCAAAGUACCAUAGUACCAAAGUACCUUCCCCUCGCUCUUGCUCGUCCGUCCUGGGACUCCUGGUCCCUUCCUUCCUCAACUCCCCCCCAAAGCCCACCCCCCUGCUCAGCCCGCCCAGAAUCCGCUUGGCCCGCCUUCCCCCCCUGCUGCUCCGAGGACCAGGCACCCAAAUCAUUCAAGAAACGGAGUCCCCGUGCUCAGUCCCUCUUGUUACGCUUCCCAUACAUCCACUGCCCAGACCCCCCUAAACUACUCGCCUAUCUCUACAUUCUUCUUGCCCUCUUUUCCUCUUUCUCUCUCCCACCUCUCGAACCCUCUUUCUUCUCAACUUCAACCAAAACACCAAACGAAGCACUCACCUGAGGCACUGCCAUCUAUCGUCACGAGCCUCAUUCACCGAAUCGAAUACUAUACAUCGAUCACUGCCUCGUCGUCGCGUACGGGGCCUAACAAUCACUACAAAGGUUCGCCACAGACUGGUGCGAACCCGAAUCCACCAAAACCCAUCUAUCUCGACACCCAAGGGAUCGAACCCUCCUUCGACGGCAAUGACGACCUCGAAUCAGAACGUCGAUAACAUCGACGCCCUCCUCGACUUCAGCGAGUACGACAAUAUGUCUUAUCAGUCUCCCUCGCUCUCUCCUGCGGCCACCGCGAAGAACACCUUCACUCGCCCAUCAGUCAGCACUGUCGCGACCCCGACGAUGCCGUCCGCAUCACAACCCCUUACUGGCCCCAGCCACCAGUAUGAUCUCUACAAGCAGCAGACUGGCAUCGUUCCCGGUGCCCUCGCCAGCACCCUGGCCGUGAACGAGGCCAACUCUCACAUCAGCGGCUACAACAGCGGUUAUGGAAUGGACUACUUGGGCAAUGGCUUGAGCCCGGAGAACGACAUGUUUGACUUCAACACAUCGCCCUCCCAAAACUCUACCGGCUUGGAUAUGGAUAUGGAGUUUGACUCCCCUCCGGACUCCCAGUACUUCUUCCCUAACACCACCGUCAACCCCACUGCCAUCGGCGGACAGGAGUCUCCCGUGGUCCCCUCCCAGCAAAGCAACGUUGGCCGCCUCUGGCCCGGCAUGCACUCCCAAGCUGCUCUUGCCAAGGCCCAGGCCCAGCAAAGACAACAGCAGCAAAUCAUCCAGCAGCAGCAGCAGCGUCAGCAGAUGGGCCAGAAGCAGCGCACCAAGAGCCAGCAGCCUACCGACCCCAUUGUUGAGCAGAAGAUCACCCAGCUCCUCAAUUCCAUGCGUGCUAAGCCCGCUCAAGAGGGCGACAGCCCCACUCCUCUCAUGAAUCUGCCUAGAUGCAAGAAGGACGAGGAGGAUAUGGACGAGGAUGAGAGACUUCUCGCUAGCGAGGAGGGCAAGAAGCUCAGCAGCAAGGAGCGUCGCCAACUCCGCAACAAGGUUUCCGCCCGCGCCUUCCGUUCCCGCAGAAAGGAAUACAUCACUCAGCUCGAGGCCGAGAUUGCCAACAAGGUUUCCGAGAACGGCGAACUUCGCCAGCACAACCGUGCUCUCCAGGACGAGAACAAGCGCCUGCAGGAUCUCACUCGCAUGCUCCUGGCUUCUCCCUCAUUCUCCAACUUCCUUGACCACCUCAGCACCAACCCUCAGCCCGUCCCUCAGCAGCAGCAAGCUCCCGCCGUCAAGGUCGAGAGACAAGCCGAGCAGCGCCAGAUUCCCAAGGACAUCAACCCCUACGCCAACCAGACCCAGCAGCAGCAGAUCGGCAUGGCCAUGCUCCCUGAGCAGAACAUGGACUUCUCCAUGCUGAACAUUGACAAUGAUGCCUACAACUUCCAGCCCCAGGUCUUUGCUGUUCUCGAGACCCCCGACGUUCCCGUCACCAUUGACACCAACGUUCUCUCCGGAAAGUCUUCAAACUUUGUCGGCGAGCAGUUCGAGUCUGAUGACGAGAAGAUCGAGCUCCCCACUAUUGAGGCUCCCAAGGUCCUGGCGCCCGAGGUUCAGUCCCAGGCUCCGGCGACCGAGGAGGUCUUCGAUGACGAGUUCGAGAACGACCCUGAGUUUGCUCUGUACCACUCUGCUCCUGCCCCUGCUACCGCAUCCCCUGUCGAACUUGACACCGAAGCCCUCUCACAACCCGAGAUCUUCGGAGGUGUCGAAGCUGAGAAGGUUCUUGCCCGCUACGAGCUUGUCGAUGCAUCAGAAGAUGAGAAGAACGCAUGUGUGGCCAUGGCCAAGGUGCAACGCAUCGAUGCCGCGCUUCAACCAGUCCUCGCCAGAUUGGAGUCGCUCUUCCUCUAAACACCACAUUCUCUACUACACUUUCUUUUAGCACCUUAUUAUGGGCAUUUAGUUCGCUACAACAUUUCCUGUGCAUACUAGCUUGAUAUCUGGGACAUGGCGUUGGGAUUGACUGGGAAUCGACUACACCCGAACCGGGACGGCAUCUAGUUUCUUAUUUUUAUUUUAAGAGUGUUGCGGCGGACGAAAAGAAUUCUAUAGGAACCAAGCUGGUUCGGCAUGAUUGAUGAUUGUUCACAUUGGCGAGUAAGAGGUGGAAUUUACGGCUGGCCAUGGCCAUCGUGUACUAGAUAGAUUGGGCGCUCCCGCAACUCGAUCUGAAGAAUACAAAAGAAUUCUCUAACUUGAUCUCCA